AUGCCGGAGACGGUGGUGAGUUUGAAGCCGGCUGACAACGAGAGGAAGAAAAGUAAUGAAGAGAUUUUGGACAGUGAAAUUGAGAAAGGGCCGGAGAAUACAGCCACAGCCACAGCCACCACCCCGAGACCAGUCAAAAUCGUCCCCUUCAGCAAAUUCCAAGCCUCCUGCCGGCGCGUGGCGCCUGCCUCCAUCCCCGAAGGAGACGGCGGCGGUGGCGACAAUGGGGCCGUCGAGAAGCGCCUCCGUAACGGGGAUCUGUACAUUGGGGCCUUCCACAACGACGCGCCCCACGGAUUCGGGAAGUACCUGUGGAGGGACGGGUGUAUGUACGAGGGGGAGUGGAAGAAAGGGAAAGCGUGCGGGAAGGGGAAAUUUUCCUGGCCGUCGGGAGCUACCUUCGAGGGCGAGUUCAGGUCGGGCCGGAUGGAGGGCUCCGGCACCUUCAUCGGGCCGGACGGUGAAAUGUACAGAGGCUCGUGGGCUGGGGAUCAGAAGCACGGCUACGGGGUCAAGCAUUAUAACAAUGGAGAUUACUACGAAGGGCUCUGGAAGAGGAAUAUGCAAGACGGGCAAGGCCGGUAUCUAUGGAGGAAUGGGAAUGAGUAUAUUGGGGAGUGGAAAAAUGGGAUGAUCCAUGGGAGAGGAAUUUUGGUCUGGAACAAUGGGAAUAGAUACGACGGGAAUUGGGAAAAUGGCGUUCCGAAAGGACAUGGGGUUUUCACCUGGCCGGACGGGAGCUGCUAUAUCGGCUGCUGGUCGAACAAUUCCGGCAAGAACAGUAAGGGGAACCAGAUUCUGAAUGGAACUUUCUACCCUGCUCACAAUGGCAAGAAUGGUACUGGUUAUGGAAGUGAUGAGGGUUUGAAAGGAUGCUUUACUCAGAAAUUAUCCACGCCGUUGAUGGUGGUGGGAGAGGAGAUUGAGGAUGUGGUGGCUGAGGACGGUGGUGCGAAGAGAAGGUUUUCUGGUGAGGCGGCUGAUAGGGCUUUCCCGAGGAUUUGCAUUUGGGAGUCGGAUGGUGAAGCUGGUGACAUAACUUGUGACAUAGUUGAUAAUGUUGAGGCCUCUAUGUUGUACAGAGAUGGGUUCUUGUUUGACCGGGAUGGGCUAAGACAGUUUAGGAGAAACCCCUAUUAUGUAAGUGGGGAAGUCAAGAAGCCAGGGCAGACUAUUGCAAAAGGGCAUAAGAAUUAUGAUCUGAUGCUCAAUCUCCAAUUGGGUAUUAGGUAUUCUGUGGGGAAAGAUUCUUCGGUCUUACGUGACCUUAAGCCGAGUGAUUUUGACCCUAAGGAGAAGUUCUGGACUAGGUUCGCACCCGAGGGAUCGAAACUCACACCGCCUCAUCAAUCAAUGGACUUUUGGUGGAAAGAUUAUUGCCCUGUGGUUUUUAGACAUUUGAGGGAGCUAUUUCAAGUAGAUCCUGCGGAUUACAUGCUAGCUAUUUGUGGUGAUUAUGCCCUGCGAGAGCUUUCGUCUCCAGGGAAGAGUGGAAGUCUCUUUUACUUGACACAAGACGACAGGUUCAUGAUCAAAACAGUGAAGAAAUCGGAAGUCAAGGUGCUUACUAAAAUGCUUCCAAGUUAUUACCAGCACGUAUGUCGCUAUGAAAAUUCUCUCGUAACAAAAUUCUACGGCGUGCAUUGUGUUAAACCAGUUGGAGGUGUCAAAACCCGAUUCAUUGUGAUGGGGAAUAUGUUCUGCUCAGAGUAUCGAAUUCAUAGAAGGUUCGAUCUAAAAGGAUCCUCUCAUGGGCGCACAACAGACAAGCCUAAUGGAGAAAUUGACGAAACCACGACUCUCAAGGAUCUUGACCUCAACUUCGUUUUUCGGCUGCAAAGCAAUUGGUAUCAAGAGUUGAUGAAACAAAUUGAUCGUGACUGUGAGUUCUUGGAGGCAGAGAGAAUUAUGGAUUACAGUCUCUUAGUGGGUCUUCAUUUUCGUGAUGAUAGCACAGGAGACAAAAUUGGUUUGUCCCCCUUUUCGUUACGUGCAGGAACGGAUAGUUCGUAUCAAAGUGAAAAGUUCAUUCGUGGUUAUCGUUUUCUUGAAGCAGAACUACAAGAUAUGGACCGCAUUUUAGCUGGCAGGAAGCCACUUAUCAGGCUCGGUGCAAAUAUGCCAGCACGGGUCGAACGUGUGGCGGGGCGUAGCGAUUUUAACAAUUUGAGGCCCUCACGAAGCCGUGAAGUCCAUGAAGUGGUCCUCUACUUUGGAGUUAUAGACAUUUUGCAAGACUACGACAUCAGCAAGAAGCUCGAGCGCGCGUACAAAUCUCUACAGGUGGACCCCACCUCGAUCUCGGCUGUUGACCCUAAACUUUAUUCCAAGAGGUUUCGUGAGUUCAUCGGGAGAAUAUUUAUCGAGGAUAAGUGA